ACUCGUCUGUGACAUACCGUCACACAUUCCACCGAAACCACGCUCCCAACGCACCAGACGAUCAUCGACGCCGUCCGACACAUCCUCAAGACACUGAAAAAUGGGAUCAACAAGACUCUACUGCAAGGGCCGGGUUCUCGGACACAAGCGUGCAAAGCGCAAUUCUCGUCCCAACACCUCCCUUCUUCAAAUAGAGGGCGUAAACAACAAGGAGGACUGCCCAGUUCUACCUCGGCAAGGUGGUUCCCCUCCUCUCCUGCAGAGUAACCUAUGUUCUGACGAUGACUGGAUGAAUAAUAGCGCGUUGCAUACGUGUACAGAGCUAAGACGGAGGUGCAGGGCUCCAAGAUACGGGUCAUCUGGGGUCGCGUCACUCGUCCGCAUGGCAACUCGGGCGUCGUGAAAUCAAAAUUCAGCUCUAACCUUCCACCACGGGCGUUCGGUGCUAGCGUGCGCAUCAUGCUCUACCCGUCGAACAUCUGAUUUAUUCUCUGCAUAUCCGACGCGUUUUUCUUUAGUCUCUGCGCUACUUGUCAGAGGUAUCCCCUGCUUAGAUGUAUGAUCAUCAUGUCGUAUGAGACACAUGCAUAUACAACCAAUACAAAGACCCAAAACAUAUGAG